CCGCGCGGGGAGAGCUGGCGAGCAGGAGUCUGGCCCGAGUUGGCUGGAGCUGUUGCCAUGACAAGCAUUUUCUCAAGAAAGCUCUGCUGUUGAGACCGUUCAAAGCCGGGGGCCGGGGGGGAGGCACGAACUUCCUGGGGAACCAUCCCUCCGAAGAGGGCAGGAUCGGAGACUCCCGCCCAGCUCCCCCGCACCCUCCUCUGCCGGGACCCGAGAGGUCCUUCCCGCUGGAAGCGCUGGGGCGGAGACCCAGCCCACUCCCCGCCGUAGCUGCAAAGGCAGGAGCGCGACGCCAGCGUCUCUAGCUCGGUUGCCACACUGGGGAGACCGGUGGGUGGUCACCCCACCCUGUCCCCAUCCAUGGAAACCCGGAGGGAGAGUCCCGCUUGGAGAAACCUGGAUCUUUGCUAGAAAGAGAGAUAUCCAGUUGUCAGCAGGAUUUAGGAAGCCUUCCUCUUCCUCCUCCUUCUGCCGCCUCUCUACCAUCACAGUUGCUGGUUGUUGCUAAGGUUGCUGCCAUGGUAACGUGCACAUCCUGUUUACACCUCCAUCGGGGCAAGUUGGUCUAAGCUAGGAACCUAUCUACCCUGGACAACCACUUCCAUCACCACCUGAGGACACCAAUCAUCGUAACACAAAGUCCGUCAUCCACUGAGUUCCCCCAUCCUCUUCCCUUCUCGCUGCCAGGCUUCAUACAGAAGAAAGGACCUAGGCGUGGAAUUGCUACUCUGAAGCUUAUUGCACAAGAUAUAUUCGAUCUAUUUCCUAACUGGGCCCCCAGAGACACAAGAAGUAGGAAGAAGUUGGGACAGAAACACAGGAGACGCUGAUCAGUUGAAGGGAAACUGCACAUCUUCUCUGGUUGAGGGGCUUGGUAACAGCAGGCAAAAUGACGAACCCAUCAGAACAUGGCUUGCGGGCCAACUCGAUCCACGAAGGGGACUUUGGCUGCACAGUGAUGGAGCUGAGGAGGCUCAUGGAGCUGCGUUCGAGCGAUGCACUGCGCGAGAUUAUUGUCCACUAUGGAGGUGUAGAGAAUCUUUGCAGGAGACUGAAAACCUCCCCUGUGGAAGGUCUGUCUGGGCACCCUGCAGAUCUGGAGAGACGGAGGCAGGCGUUUGGACAUAACGUGAUACCCCCCAAAAAGCCCAAGACCUUCUUGGAAUUAGUGUGGGAAGCCCUGCAAGAUGUCACGCUCAUCAUCCUGGAGAUCGCAGCCAUCAUCUCCCUGGUCCUGUCCUUCUAUCGCCCCGCUGGUGAAGAAAGUGAAGUGUGUGGUCAAAUUGCAAGUAACUCGGAAGAUGAACAUGAGGCAGAAGCCGGCUGGAUCGAGGGGGCAGCCAUCCUGUUCUCGGUGAUCAUCGUGGUAUUAGUGACCGCCUUUAACGACUGGAGCAAAGAGAAGCAAUUCCGGGGGCUGCAGAGCCGCAUUGAACAGGAGCAAAAAUUCUCCAUUAUCCGAAAUGGUCAGCUCAUCCAGCUCCCUGUGGCUGAGAUUGUGGUGGGCGAUAUCGCCCAGAUCAAGUAUGGUGACCUGCUGCCUGCAGAUGGGAUCCUGAUCCAGGGGAAUGACCUGAAGAUUGACGAGAGCUCUCUGACAGGGGAAUCAGACCAUGUCAAGAAGUCCCUGGACAAAGACAUCAUGUUGCUCUCAGGAACCCAUGUCAUGGAAGGUUCUGGCCGGAUGGCAGUGACUGCUGUGGGUGUCAACUCCCAGACUGGAAUCAUCUUUACUCUCUUGGGGGCCCAUGAGGACCAGGAGGAGGAGAAGAAGAAGAAAGGUAAAAAACAAGGAGUCCCUGAAAAUCGCAACAAAGCAAAGACCCAGGAUGGAGUGGCCCUGGAAAUCCAGCCACUCAACAGCCAGGAGGGACUUGACAGUGAGGAGAAGGACAAGAAGACAGUCAAGGUGCCCAAAAAGGAGAAGUCAGUGCUGCAGGGCAAGCUGACCCGCCUGGCCGUGCAGAUUGGGAAAGCUGGUCUGAUCAUGUCCGCUCUCACAGUUCUCAUCCUGAUUCUGUACUUUGUGACUGACAACUUUGUGAUACAACGCAGACCAUGGCUACCCGAGUGCACGCCCAUCUACAUCCAGUACUUCGUCAAGUUCUUCAUCAUUGGCAUCACUGUGUUGGUGGUGGCUGUGCCAGAGGGGCUACCACUGGCUGUCACCAUCUCACUGGCCUAUUCUGUGAAGAAAAUGAUGAAAGACAAUAACCUAGUACGACACCUGGAUGCUUGUGAGACGAUGGGCAACGCCACAGCCAUUUGCUCUGAUAAGACAGGCACGUUGACCAUGAACCGCAUGACCGUGGUACAGGCGUAUAUUGGGGGCACCCACUACCGUGAGAUCCCAAGCCCUGACGUCUUCCCGCCCAAGGUCCUGGACUUUAUUGUCAACGGUAUUUCUAUCAACAGUGCUUAUACCUCCAAGAUUCUGCCUCCAGAGAAGGAGGGAGGCCUGCCGAGGCAGGUGGGCAACAAGACCGAGUGUGCUCUGCUGGGCUUCGUCACAGACCUGAAUCAGGAUUACCAGGCGGUGCGGACCGAGGUGCCCGAGGAGAAGUUCUACAAGGUGUACACCUUCAACUCCGUGCGCAAGUCCAUGAGCACCGUCAUUAAGAACCCCAGCGGCGGCUUCCGCAUGUACAGCAAGGGUGCUUCCGAGAUCAUCUUGCGCAAGUGUAAUCGAAUCCUGGACCAGAAAGGGGAAGCGAUACCAUUCAAGAAUAAAGACCGAGAGGACAUGGUACGCACUGUCAUUGAGCCCAUGGCCUGUGAGGGGCUCCGGACUAUCUGCAUAGCUUACCGGGAUUUCGAUGACGGAGAGCCCUCUUGGGACAACGAGAGUGAAAUCCUCACUGAGCUGACCUGCAUCGCAGUGGUGGGCAUCGAGGACCCUGUGCGCCCAGAGGUUCCAGAUGCUAUUGCCAAAUGCAAACGAGCUGGCAUUACUGUCAGAAUGGUGACAGGUGACAACAUCAACACAGCCCGGGCCAUCGCCACCAAAUGUGGCAUUCUGACAGCUACAGAUGACUUCAUGUGCUUGGAAGGCAAAGAAUUCAACCGACUCAUCCGUAAUGAGAAGGGCGAGGUAGAGCAAGAAAAGCUGGACCACAUCUGGCCUAAGCUCCGGGUCCUGGCGCGGUCGUCCCCCACUGACAAGCACACCCUGGUGAAAGGAAUCAUUGACAGCACUGUUGGGGAACAGCGGCAGGUGGUGGCUGUCACCGGGGAUGGCACAAAUGAUGGGCCCGCUCUGAAGAAAGCAGACGUUGGUUUUGCCAUGGGUAUCGCAGGCACAGAUGUAGCAAAGGAGGCCUCGGACAUCAUCCUAACAGAUGACAACUUCACCAGCAUCGUAAAGGCAGUGAUGUGGGGGCGAAAUGUCUAUGACAGCAUCUCCAAGUUCCUGCAGUUCCAGCUCACCGUCAAUGUUGUGGCUGUGAUUGUGGCCUUCACUGGAGCCUGUAUCACUCAGGAUUCCCCACUGAAAGCCGUGCAGAUGCUGUGGGUGAAUCUAAUCAUGGACACCUUCGCUUCGUUGGCCCUGGCCACAGAGCCCCCCACGGAAUCUCUGCUGAAUCGUCGCCCCUACGGCCGAAAUAAGCCUCUGAUCUCACGUACUAUGAUGAAGAACAUCUUGGGCCAUGCAGUCUAUCAGCUCGUUGUCAUCUUUGUCCUUGUCUUUGCUGGUGAGAAGUUCUUUGACAUUGAUAGUGGGAGGAAGGCACCUCUACAUUCACCGCCCACCCAGCACUAUACCAUCGUUUUCAACACCUUCGUGCUGAUGCAGCUCUUCAAUGAAAUCAACGCCCGAAAGAUCCACGGGGAGAAGAAUGUCUUCGCAGGCAUUUACCGCAACCUCAUCUUCUGCUCUGUAGUCCUGGGCACGUUCGUCAGCCAGGUUCUCAUCGUGGAGUUCGGGGGUAAACCCUUCAGCUGUACCAACCUCAGCCUGGCCCAGUGGUUGUGGUGUCUCUUCAUCGGGAUUGGAGAGCUUCUGUGGGGCCAGCUCAUCUCUGCGAUACCUACCCAAUCCCUGAAGUUCCUGAAGGAGGCUGGGCACGGCACCGCCAAAGAGGAGAUCACCAAAGAUGCCGAGGGCCUGGAUGAGAUUGACCACGCGGAGAUGGAGCUGCGCCGAGGCCAGAUCCUCUGGUUCCGAGGCCUGAACCGUAUCCAGACUCAGAUCGACGUAGUUAACACAUUCCAGACUGGAGCCUCUUUUCAGGGAGUCCUAAGGCGACAGAACUUGGGUCAACACCAUGCCGUAAAACUUGUUCCUAGCUCAUCCUAUGCAGCAGUUGUACCAGUCAAAUCUUCCCCCAGCACUUCUGCUGCUGCUGCUGCUGCUUCAUCUCCUCCUAUGGGCAAUCAAGGUGGUCAAAGCAUUCCAUAGUUCCCUCCACGAAAGCAUUCAGAAACCCAAGAGCCAAAACUCCAUCCACAGCUUCAUGAUCCACCCUGAAUUCGCCAUAGAUGAGGAGUUGCCACGAACACCACUCCUGGAUGAGCAAGUGGAGAAUAAUCUUGACGCGGUUUCUAUAUCCGGGACUAGUGUGCUCCUGUUGGAUGGUGAGGUCACUGCAAAUGCCAACCAAAACAACAAUGCGGUGGAUUGCAGUCAAGUGCAAACUGUUGCCUCCCACUCGGACAGCCCGCUCCACAGCCUGGAGACAUCAGUUUGAAUUGUCACUCUCUGACUCCCAUCCCUGCUUUCUCUAUUUCUCUUUUCAUCAAUCCCAUCUCUAAGGUGAUGAUGGACCUUUUCAUUGUCAUGUCAGCUGCUCCCCAGUGUGUGUGAACCCCGACCUGACCAUGAAGAGGCAAGAGCACAGACCUACAAGGACUUCAAGUUAAGCUUGAGUUGGGGUUUGUAGCAGGACCCAGUCAAGCCCCAGGCAGGUAAUGGUAGAAUCUACUUCAUGGGUGUGUCAGCUGUUAUUUUUAAAGAAAUGACAACAAUCCUAUUGGCAUCACCCCAACCUAAAUUCUCCCCCGUGUUCAUACACAUGUCACCAUAUCCUGGCUUCUGGAUUUUAUCCUAUUAGUCUGUGCUGUUUAUAAGCUAAGUUGAGGGUUCAGAGAGAGAAUAUCCCCAAAUGAAAUGGGCCAAAGUAGGGAUGGAUUGUAUAAAAUCAUCCAGUAGUGUGAUUGUUUCUAUGACAAUUUUUCCCAUUUUGAACACUUAUACCUAAAGGCCUCUGGCUCUUUCUGCCCUUCCAGUCAAACCUCCCUGAGGUUCUUUUGCUCUUUUGUGAUCCUUGUCUUCCUUUCCUUCACUUUUUUUUUUUAAUGUUUUGACGAUUAAGAAAAUGGAAAGGACAUGGGUGAAUUGAGUAAAUUUGACCAUUCUCCCUUUUGGCCCCCAAAGAACCCUUGAUUUAGUUCUAGAAUCAGACAGAUUUCUUUGCUAAAAGGGUCCUUUUGCAGCAAUUAAGAGCUGGUAAGAACGUUGCCCUGUUAUUGCCAGGUUACCUUCUGCUUUUAAACUGCCAUCUUGUCAGGCGUGUGUGUUGUCAAGUGCCAGGGAGAUCAGCCUUGCCCGUGAAGGUCACGUAUGUAUGGUGUAUGGUUUGUACCACAGGCUUGAGCUUUCUCCAAUUCCUAAAGUCAUAGCAAAAGAAUGAGUUGGGUGUGACCCUGCCUCCUUGCUGGACUUGGAUAUUGAGGACCAGAAGAAUGGCAGGUCUAGGACAAGACAGACCAUCAAAGCAGACUGUUAAACGUCCUCCUUGGAGUAACCACUGCUUUCAAAGCCAUCUGCCAAGGCUCUUCCAGGGCAGAGCAUGAUUGUUCGGGGAAUGAGGAUUGAGAAGCCUUGGGAGAGGCCAAAGAGCCGUUCUGGCAUGAUCUGAGAAAACCUUCCUGCAGGGACCAGGAACUCGAGCUUAGGGGCCUGGGUACCAGCUUCAACCUACUCUUCAGUUUCUAGUUCCGCUCUUUGCUGUGUCCCACAACUUACCCAGCCUCUGAGAAGGUCCCCGUCUUUCUCACGUAUUCUGAUUUUGAAAAUAUGCAUCCAAAGUGGGAGGCCCCCGUGACAUUCUGCUGACUUAAAGGAGCAAAAUACCCUACUGAAGAGCCCCCUUCCUCCCCUCGUUUCCUCUCACGUGCCCCACACGAGCCCGUCCCAGCCCCGCGCUCCAGCUGCUGCCCAGCAAAGCCCUGUGCCUUUUCCCUGAGCACUGCCCAGAGGGUCCCCUUCCCACCUGCCUCUCAGGAGUUGGGGGCUUCGCUAGGAGAUUUUCUAAGUGUUCCUUACUGGGACGAGGUGGAGCCACAUGUGCAGGGGGCUCCGUUUUUAUCCCUGCUGGUGUCCACUUAGGUCCUGUGCAGGGGCUAACCCGUGACCCCGACUCCCAUAGCCCGUGAGGUAAGUGAAGCCCGCACCCCUCUUUCCAGAGCGAUGGGAGUCAGGAGAGGCCACUUGAGGCUCUUACGAACUGCCAGAUUUCCAUGUGGGAGGAAGGUGGCCUGGUCCACUCAGCCUUUUCUAAUGGGUCCCUCCUCCCCUCCUGUCACCUGAGCUGCCCGAGGCAGGACUGUAAAGAACCAGCACCCACCCCCCAUCCCAUUACUGCACAAUCCGUCAUUGCAGGAAACGGGGAAAACAGAUUCGAUUGGGGUUUUGUACAGCAGCGUUUUCUCUGUCUUAAAUAGUCACGGGGCGGGGGCGGGAAAUUAGCUCACCCAAGGCAUUAGAUGUUCACAUAUGUAUUCAUUAACUACAUAGGAAGAUUUAAUUCUAUCAAAUCUUUUAUUACCUCAGAUCAUUUUCAAAGGCAAGCCGAUCACAAGCUUUGAAGGCUGUUUUACCAUUCCUGUUCCCAAAAGACUCUCACGGUGCCUGACAGGUUACUCUUGAGGGCUUGUGUGUACUUUUUAAAAGUCAACAGUUUUUUUUGUGUGUGUGUUCUAGUUUCCAUAGAUGGAGAGAAAAUAUAGAAAUAUAUGCAAAAAUAUAUAGUUUUCUUUAGAUCAGAAACUGAUAUUUUCGAGUCAGCCAUAUGUAUUUUGUUUAAAGGAUUUAAAAUAAACUGCCGUCAUGUAACCCCGUGGAAGGGCGUGCUUAACCAGCUGUUUGACAUGACAGGUGACUUAGUAUAUUGGUAAUUGGUUUUAAAGCCAAUACACCAUACUUCCUUUCUCCAAACAGCCAUCUUUAUACUUAGGGGAAAAAUGUAUUGGGUUCUAGACUUUUUUAAUAUAAAUUUUGUUGACAUGGAAUUGAGUAAGUUUAAGUGUUUAUGUGCAUAUGUUUUUUAUAUAAGUUUUUUCUAUUCAGUUUCAGUGAUCCAACUGGCAGUGAGUAAAUAUGGCGUAAGUUAAUAAUGCUUUUCCCCAACACGGUGCUUUGGAUUUGAAAAGGGUCUGAUGGGGAGAAGAAGAACAUAUCAUCCUAGAUUCCUCUCUUGAUAAACCUAGGAAAACGGAGAGUAAAUUGUGGAUAGUGACGAAAACACCCAGCAAGAAGGGACACAGCUGUCAGGAAAUGAACGUGCGCCCCGCCCCCGACACGGAGAUGGCUGGCCGGGCUCCUCUGUAACUGGUGAUUAGGAUCAGGGGCCUCGGUUGGAUUUGUGUUCUUGAAGAAUAGCUGGCAGAGUGGUACCAAAGACAUUAGUAUCCCCUGACCUGUAACGAUACUCUGAAUUGGAGUUUGCAUUUUUACGGUUUUCACUUCCUGUUCCUCCUGGAAUUUUCCAUUAGUGAGGGUUUUUUUUUGCAAGGAUGUGAUUUGCAACUCCUUCUCUCCACUAGAAAGAUUUUGUGCAAUAUAUUACAUAGGGGACAGAGCUCUAAGUGGCAAAAACAAUGGCUGGUUCUAGCCCUGGGUGACUGUCCUGGGGCUAGGUCCUUCCCAUGGGUGUCUUCUAUCCUCUGAAAUGACUCUCCUAUCCCUACAAAUGUUAAGAGAGAUCACCUAGACGUCCCUCUGGACACUUGUGAAUUCUUUAGGGUUUGAGUUUCUUCUUUCUCUUGAGCUUCAGAGGGGAGAGUUUGCACAGUUAAAUCUAAGUGAUUACCUCACUGCCGAAAACCCGGAGGGGCGUGGCAAACUCGCGUGUGCCGAAAAAACCUCUGAAUGCAUCCCUUCCUUUCCUUCCUGCGUCCCUCGCCUUACAGUGGUAGCAGCCGUGGUACCUUCACAGUAUGCACACUCCCUCACCUUUCCCAUCUAGGGACCACCUUGCUGCAGUGGUGAGGGUGGGCUCUUAAAAUGCUUGCUAUUCUUAAGCCAUUCCAGCCUCUUCCUCAGAAUAGACCAGAUACCCUUCCACUGAGCCCAGCGCCAGUCCUUUCGCCUUCCCUGCCCUGCCGGUAGGCCUGCCGUUCCCUUUCCUCUUGAUUAGGAGAGAUGGAGGGAGAUUAGCUGCCCGUGACGGAAUUGGCCUGCGGCUCGUGUUUUCUCCCCGUAUGUAUAUAUGCCAUAUGUGAAUAUGCCAUAUAUAUGUGCCAACAAAUCUAUCCACGUUGCUCUUUUCAAAUCAGCAUGCAGAUAGGAAUUUCGAGUUUCUUCUUUUCAGUAACUAGUGUAACAAGCACUGGUAUUUUUGUACAAAAAGAAAAAACAAACAAAACAAGAGAUUGACUAUUGUGGUCUGCAUGACAUAAACAAACAAAUGGUGAUAUCCAAGCAAUGUGUACCCCAGUGUGUGUUGCCGUAAUUUGCAAUUCAGCUUAACAGCGCACCCAGAUCUGCAUUUGCAUUCUGAUAUUAUUUAAGCUCUAUGUACAAUGUUUUGCAUGUAUUUAUAUGGUUCUUAGGAAAAAAAAGGUAUAAACUGCCAAAUCCGAAAUUCAAAUGUGUUGUUUCACUGAGACAGGAAGAAGAGGAGUUUUAAAAGGGAUAAUUUUUUGGAACCAAUAAAGCUUUUUGCUAAUGAGCAGAAACCAACACUGCCGUGCACUGAGAAUAAAAGCCCAUGCCCACUUGUA